CUGGGCACGAGAAACCGCCGUGUUACAUUGGUGCCGCUGACGUCGGAUCGAACCUGCCGAAGAAGCCGUCUUCUCACGUCCAUCUGCUUCUCCGUGCGCCGACUCUUCCGACGAACUCUGUCGCUGACGAACUCUGCCGCUGACGAGCACCUAUUCAACGCUGCUGCGCUCCAGCUGCUACCAGCCAGCUCUCACGGCUACUACAACGACCGACACUUCACUGUGAGCCGCUGAACAAUAGCGCUCCAAAAGUGAGUACGCCAAAGCUCGGCAUCGUUUAUCUUCAUCGGUGUCAAUCCAAGGUACAAGUACCUGUACCAGUACCAGUCAUAAAGGGUUCUGAAAUCGGAACUGUACCAGUCAGGCCCCAAUCUGCCCGAGUUAUACGGCAGCCAUCUCAACCAGCGCUCGAUCUAAGCCGCUGAUAACUCCAACCGACCGUCUCUCGUCAUCGAGACAAAGUUUAACAGGAAAGAGAGUUCAACUCGCGCUCUCCAACGAGGUCAACUGACGUCAUCAGAGAGGUCAACCGACGCUCUUCUACGAGAUCAACUUCAUCACGCUUUUCUACGAGAACAACUUCAUCGAGAGACUUCAAAGGCGCUCAACACCCAGCGCUACCGAACCAGACUCUUGCGCGUAAUCGAAACAGUCCGCCCGGCGCGUAGUGAAAGUGAAAGUGAUAGUGAACUGGCGAACAUCCCAUCUUCGGUGACACCAACCAAAGACCAUGGCUGUCACAACGAUGCUGAGUCGAUGGCUACUGCUGCUCACGGUAACAAACGUGAUUGAUAUUGCUUAUUGCGCCGCUCUCCCUACUGACCCCGGACAUCUCUUUAUACCGCUAGGCAAGACUUACCCAAGCUAUAGUUCAUGGGCAAUCACCCUGUCAAUAAGCAUGAAACCCUAUCGCAAAGAUGUCCGUAAAAUCAAUGAUGCUACUAAUGAGCUCUCCCGCACUGCAAGAGCGCUGCUCGCUAACCACUCGCCGCCUACUAAUGCUACCGCUGCUGACCCCGCUCAUGCUUCACUGACUGUAUCGCUCAAACAUCUGUCUCACUCCAUUAGUCAGCUGCAAACAGAGGAGAACCAUCUCGUCGACACAUUUCGUGACCUACUGUCCAUGCCUGAGCCACGAAGCUCUGCACGCUCGGCUAACUCUAUCCGUCGGACUGGACGCUCCAAGCGUGUUAAGCGAGGACUCAUUGAUGGCAUUGGAAGCGUAAUGUCGUCUUUGUUUGGAACUGCCACUGAAAGUGAAAUCAAACAUCUGGAUCAUAACGUCCAGCUUAUCAAUGCCAAAGAGGUUGCUAUGGCUCAUACUUUUAACGGCACGCUUAACGUCAUUAAUUCUACUAGAGUUGCCACUUCUCAAAAUCGUAAAGCUCUCCGUACUCUACAAUCAGCAAUGAGCUCGAUGAGCACAUCGCAUUUGAAGCUGAUCAGAGCCGCCGACAAUGCAGAGGCACUCAUCACAGUAUCGCUUCGCGUAGCCGACCUUGCAGAGAAUGUAAGACAAGUUACUAGAAGCCUCAAUCAUCUUUAUACUUCGUUGGUGUCGCUCUCUAGCAAACUCGCUCUAGCUCAAGUAGGAAUCCUACACGCUGACCUCAUUCAUUCACGUGACCUCAACCGUGUCCUUCGUAAGGUGAGCAAAAGCCUCCCGGCACAUUUUGCGCUGCCUUUCCCGCCUUCGGCUACUCGCGACUAUGUUCGCAUUGUCAAAACCAAGCUCAUCCCAGUCGAAGAUGCUUUUCAUGUCCUCUUCUACAUUCCACUGCUCCACACGCUCCAUGCGUUUGACGUUUAUCGCUUCUUCCCUUAUCAGGUCCCGCUUCACAGCCAUAACAUUUCCCUUCUCUAUGUUCCCAACGAACCCCGCUAUCUGGUUGUAUCAGAGAACAGACAGCAAUACAUCCAGCCUGUCGACUCUGAGAUCGAAGCCUGCCUUCUGAUCAAGCAACCGUUCUGCCCCCUUCAUGAACCUGCUUACUCCACGGCAAAUGCGGAUUCGUGUGUCGUGGCUCUUUUCCGUCGGGACGAGCAGGCCAUCUCUCGUCUCUGUGCUCCAAUCGUCCGCCCUACGAACGAUGCUCCUAAAGCUCAUUACCUUUCCCGAGGCACGUGGCUGAUAGUUUCUCGCCCUCCUCUGUCCAUCACUAUCGUCUGCCCAUACAAUAGCACCACGCUAUCCAUUUCAUCACCUGUUCGCCUUCUUACCUUGUCCAUGGAAUGCUCCGCUUCUAGUGACUCUCUAUAUCUCCCUCCUUACUAUGCUAGUGAGACCCACCUCGACUUCCCUGAUUUCGAUGAUACGUUUACAAUCUCCAAUGACUCUUCCCUGGUCCCAAUCUGGCGUUCGCACUGGGCAACUGCUAUUCCAACGGCCCUGCAAUCUAACGUCUCGUCUAUACCAAAGCUUCACGUCGCCGGUAUGCCAGCCGAUGACUACUUCAAUCGUGUCGAAGCCCUUCCCCUUGAACAGGUUAUUGAUGAUACACCAUCCGCAUUCUCUUAUACUUGGCUACUCAUUAUCAUCAUCAGCGUUCUCGCCGCUUGCUGCAUGUGCUUCUGCAUUAAACACUGCUGCCCUCGCUCCAUGGCUACCUACCGCUUACCCCGCUUUGUCCCCGCUUCUGCUACUCGAGACCUUCGUGAGCCAGCCAUUGAACUCGACGAGCGUCAUCCUGUGCUCGGCCCGCCAGCAGCCCCACCGGGCAGCCAGCAGAGCCUGCAAAUGGACCCUGUAGACGAUGCACCGGCAUCACUCAGCGCUCAGCCUAGUGCCACAACGGAUAUGCCGCGACGGGCCACGUACGGCCAUCGACCGACGUCGUCUCUGCGGCUGUCGCCAGAGGUGUGAGGCCUCUUUGAUUCCCCUUUCCCCCGUGCGUGUGUGUGUGUGUGUUUGUGUAUGCAUGGCACCGGGCCUGCAUCACAAUGGACCGAGGAACUAUCCGGGUCACUGACCUACUCAGUGCACCACCCCGAGCGCAGCCGUGCGCUACCAAGUGCAGUGCCCCGCGCACCAGCAAUCCGGGUCACCAGUUGACUCGACGGCCCACGAUCCGGGUCACCGCCGAAAUAACUGACGUCAUGGACUACGAUAACCGUUUUCGUGAACCGCAACAAGUGCUUCAGUGACGUUCAAUGCGUUCACCCGGCCACUUCCCGCCCUCCCGCCCCUGUAUUGUGUUCUUGUCGCGGAUGUGUUUGUGUUCUGCGUGUGACUCCCUCGCUGUGUCCUUCGCCCUUCAGGCGUCGGCCUCUGCUUUGUCCUAGCCAAAGCUCUUGCCAUGGGUGGGGGAGGUGUGUAAAGUGCGUUAGUUAUUUGCUUAUUGAUGUUUGUCCUUCGUGAAUCGCUUCUUAUGUUUCUAAGGGUUUAGGCUUAAUUAGUUCGUAGUCUAGUUAUACCUGCGUGGUGGCUAUAUUUCAAUUUCGCAUUUCAACGCUCAUUACCUUUACCGCUCUCCGCUCGCGCUCGUGACUCAUCGUCUCCAGCACUCUGCGCCGCGCCGCCGGUGUGUUAUCUACAAACGUCAGCUUUUAGUCUGUCUUCUGUCAAACGCGCUCUAGAGACUCUAUACCUAGAAGUCAGCCGCUGCCUGCUAAGUGCCGUCUGAUGUCUUUGCAACGUUGCGUAGCCGGAUGCACUUAGGACCACGAGACCAGCGUGUGACGCUCUCACUCACGUGACGCAUGCUUCUCGAUCGUACGACGUGGUGAUGACCAAUCGCAACUGUGCAACCAUAUAUGGAACGGCCAAUAGUAAGUCGCCACGCAGGGUUAGAGGGCCACCGCCCUUAGAGUAGGGAGUUCUGCUGGAGUCACCCGAUCGGGGGGACUGGCAGAAGACCUAGAGCCAUCAUCGGCGUCGGACGUGCUCUCUCUCGCUCGAGGAGACCUCCGAGCUCCACAGCCGCUGGACACAUACCAUCUGCUCCGCGUGCUUGUGUAGAGAAGACCCCCAGCCUCAGACCACGCCGGACGCGUUUCUGCGUCGGUCUCGACCGACACCGUAGCUGACCAUCGCUCUGUGUUGUGCUCGUAAGACAAUACACCUGGACCGGCAGAGCAUCUCUUCUGG